GCCUUCAUAUCCAUGGAGUUCACUAGAACCGAUCGCGACACCGGCAAGAGCAUAGAAACAAUGUUAUUCUCCAUGUGCACGGGUGCUACCUUGCUGAAAAAUUUCUGCUUCACCGUCAAUCGGAAGAAGCUGGCCAAGAAUAUUAACGUCGCUAUCGACGAUUGGCUGGUCGCUAGGAACGACGCGCAAACGUACAAGAUCAUGAAGAAGUAUGCGUUUCAAUCCAGACUCUUCACCUCGGUGAUAUUAUACCUGGCCAAUAUAUGUACGGUUCUUUACAUAAUGGUAAUCUUCUUGUUAAACGCGAGACAAGACGCCUUAGGUACCAACGUAACAGAAGCUAACACCAGCAUGACGGACUUGACCUUUGUACUGCCAUCCGGUGAUUUGGGUAAGAAAGUCACCAGCAUGCCGCUUUAUGCUGUGCUCAUAGUUAUACAAAGUAUUCAAAUAACUCUAAUAUCCGAAUCGGAAUCCAUCAUGGACUGUUUUUACACCAACGUCACGCUGCACCUCACCGGCCAGCUCGAGGUGCUGAAGAUGAGAAUCAAAACUUUCGCGAGCAAGACGGACACCGUCGCGAAUCACCGGAAGGAAUUCGCCAAAUUGAUCGACAGGCACUGCGAGCUAAUGGAGCUGAAUCAUAAUUUAGAAAAUACGUUCAAUCUGAUUAUAUUGUACCAGCUUCUUAUAGUGACGCUUCUGGUCGCGCUGUUAGGGAUACGAAUAUUAUUCUGCAUAAAGAACCACGAUUACGUCAUAUUAUCGAAAAGCGCUCUGGGUUUGAGCUACGUGUUCACGGAGUCCGUGGUGUACUGUUACUGCGGUGAUUUCGUGCAGAACGAGAGUGAAGAAUUAUUCCAUGCGUUAUAUACUACUUCCUGGUUCACGCUUCCUGCCUCGUUAAUGAAGGAUUUGAACUUCGCGAUGAUGAAGUCGAGCUACGCGUUUCAUCUCAGCGGAGGAAAGUUUUUCAGCGCUAAUCGCCAAGCGAUGUUCAACGUUCUCAAGACCGCGGCGUCGUACAUCUCGGUCUUGCGAGUAACGUUGAUGAACGAAUAACCUGAAUGAACGAUCACGCGUGUGUCUAUGUAGCGCGAACGUGGAGCGUUCGCAAGAAUAUAUUGUACAUAGAUCGUGA